UCAUGGAGUCAUUGUGCCAAACAUGAAGCAUGUCUCGAACAAACCAAGGGUGCUAUUCGUGCCAUACCCGGCUCAAGGUCACGUCACACCGAUGCUCAUGCUCGCUGCUGUUUUCCAACGCCGAGGUUUCCUUCCUAUAUUUCUCACGCCUAGCUACAUCCACAGUCAUAUCUCGUCGCAAAUUUCACUCAACAAUGAAAUCCUCUUCAUUUCUAUGCCGGACACUGUCGAUGACAACACGCCACAUGACUUUUUCACCGUCGAGACAGCCUUGGAGACCACCAUGCCGAGCUACGUUCGACGAGUGUUGGGUGAGUACAACUCGAACGGAAGUGGCGUCGUUUGUAUGGUGGUCGACUUGCUGGCUUCUUCAGCCAUCGAAGUUGGAAAGGAGUAUGGCGUAGCCGUGGCUGGGUUUUGGCCAGCCAUGUUUGCAACUUACAACCUCAUUUCAGCUGUUCCUGACAUGGUCAGGAACAGCCUUAUUUCUUCCGAUACAGGAUGUCCAGAAGAAGGAUCAAAACGGUGCGUUCCGAACCAGCCGCUGCUGUCUACAGAAGAACUGCCGUGGCUGAUCGGAACUUCGUCGGCAAGGAAAGCGAGGUUCAAAUUCUGGACAAGAACCAUGGUUCGAGCCAAAUCUCUUCAAUGGAUUCUCGUUAAUUCCUUCCCGGAAGAGCUUCUCCUUGAAAACCCCAUCCCCAAAAGCUCCGCCGCCGUUUUCCUCGUCGGACCUUUGAGCCGCCACUCGAAUCCGGCAAAAACACCCACUCUCUGGGAGGAGGACGACGGCUGCCUGCAGUGGCUGGAGAAACAGAGCCCUAAUUCCGUCGUGUACAUCUCGUUUGGGAGUUGGGUUAGCCCCAUUAACGAAUCGAAGGUGAGGAGCUUGGCCGUGGCGCUUUUGGGUCUUAGGAAACCGUUCAUCUGGGUCCUCAAAAGUAAUUGGCGAGAUGGGUUACCAAUCGGGUUCACACAAAAGAUUCAAAGCUAUGGGAGGCUCGUUUCAUGGGCUCCACAGAUGGAGAUUUUGAAACAUAGAGCAGUCGGUUGUUAUCUAUCUCACUGUGGGUGGAACUCGAUCAUGGAAGCGAUUCAGUGUCGAAAGCGACUACUUUGUUUCCCGGUGGCGGGCGACCAAUUUUUGAAUUGUGGGUAUGUAGUGAAAGUGUGGAGAAUUGGGUUGAAACUCAAUGGUUUUGGAGAGAAAGAGGUUGAAGAAGGAGUGAGGAAAGUGAUGGAGGAUGGAGAGAUGAAGGGGAGGUUGAUGAAGCUUCAUGAGAGGAUAAUGGGGGAAGAGGCCAAUUCUAGAGUCAACUCUAGCUUCACGACCUUCAUCAAAGACAUCAAUAAGCUUUCGUUCGCUAAAUUUCUAUAGCGUUUAAGUUGUCGGGUUUAGUUUUUGGUAAAAAAAACGUGACUCGAUUUGAUUGUAUGACCCGAUAAUGGG